AUGAAGUCGCUGCGGUUCAUCAGUGCUGAGGCAUUGGUAUCGAAUGCACAGCUUGCCAGGAAAAGUCUCAGCAGUGUUGCACAUAACCUUUUUCCUCUUCUUUUUAAAGCCAGUUAUUUACUGGAGCAGGGGGAAGUGAUCCAUGACCUGGUGGAAAACUGGCCCCUGGCAGACUUUAAUAUAGGAAAACUGUUAGGGACAACAGUGGAUUACCAGGAAGACAUCAGCAGCAGAGCAUGCUGUGUUUGUUUGGAAAGUUGUCUAGUUGGGCUGAGAGAUUAUGUGUUGAAUUGCUCUUCUCCAUACUCAAAGAGACUGAAAGUGGUGGACCUGACAGGCAUAAAAGAUGUUGAAGUUCAGCUCUGCAAGUGUAAGAAGACUCUGGGAAGAUGGGCCAGGACAGAGCUACUAUCAAAGCUCUGUUUUGAGCUGCUUGUCGAAAUGCAAAGGCUGCAGUUCAAUCCAUGUAUCUUUGAUAUUGCUAUUGACAUUCUCAUUGACCUGUUUGUUACAGAGCGGAACUAUGAACUUGUGGUCCAAGCCUUACUGAUGAGGUGCCACUGUCCACUAAAGAUUCGUUGUGUGGCAUUCAGAGCUGACAGUCUCACUUUACAAAAGCUUUUCUACAUCAUAAAGCUCACAGAUCCCUCUUCGCUGCGCAAACUUGAAGUGGUUCACAAUAUUCGUUUGGAAAUGGAGCACUUGGAAGUGCUGUUUAAUAACAUCCACUUUCCUCUACUGACAUCGCUUACCCUGCCGGCCAGAGCAUUCAAUGUGCAGCGGUUUGCAGCUGAGGAUGAACCAAUCCUUAUGACUAUUGGAGAAAAGAUGAGCCAAAUGACGCAGUUGACCGAACUGAGCCUGGCAUUUUCUACCCUCACAGGAAAAAUACGGAAACUGCUCAGCCCACUGAAAACCCCUCUGAAGCUACUAGAUGUUUCUAACUGCGCCUUGAACCAUGCUGACAUGGCCUAUUUAGCCAAUAGCCUCCAUUCUAACCACCUGGAAGUACUGGACCUCAGUGGGCACAAUGUGGCUGACCUUUACCCAUCAACCUUCUUUAAACUUCUCAGCCACUGCUCUCAUACUCUGAAGAUUCUCAUCCUCGAGGAAUGUAACAUUCAAGACAUUCAUGUAAAUAUGUUGAUUUUGGGUCUGAUCCCCUGCCGGAAGCUACAAGAAUUCAAGUUCCUUGGAAAUCCCCUGUCAUCCCGAGCACUUAAAUGCCUCUUUAAUGUUUUUAGUGACUUGCCAAAGCUGAACUACAUUGAGUUCCCAGUUCCUAGGGACUGCUAUCCUAACAAUGUCACCUACCCAAUUGAUGAUGCUGAUCUUUCAAAAUUUGAUCACCAAAAAUAUGAGAGUGUAUCAGAGGAACUUAAUAAUAUUUUACUUCAUGCAAACCGGGAGGACAUAAAGGCUUCAACACCACUCUUCGGAGGCUACGACGCAGCCAUUCAAGAGACUGGCAAUGAACUGGGAUCUUACUUACUGAAAUCUUUCAAAGAUACUUUAGAAAACUUUAACAAAGCUCUUCAAGAAAUGAAUUAA